CAGCAAAUCGUUCAUGUCGGAAUUCUUUACAAACUCACCGCCACCCCUCAUCUGCUCCGCCAAUCCUCAAACCUCAACACUUAUUUUAUACAGAACCGGUGAAUGGACAAAUCCCUUCCUCUUCCAAGGAUGAUUCAGCCCCGUCAAAGUCUUCAAUUGAGAUUCAUACCAACAGAGAUAGCUACGCUGACAUCUUAAGGGGGAUUCCGUCAAUCAGAGAUGGAAACAAAAAUCCCUGCCAAUCAAUAGCAAUCUCUAAAACUCAAAAGUUCCGAAUUGAAGGUAAGACUUUUCUCUUUACGCCUUCAAAAUUCAAUAAGAAGAUAUGUAUUACAGAAAUUCAGAGGAGCAGGAAGCUGAAUAUAUGGCUAGGUUUAGACCUUUGUGCUUGGCUAAUGGAUAAUCUCCAAUCUGUCACUCAAGAGGGAUACAUACGAUCCUCUCAAUAGAGGGAGAACAAGAGACUGCUUUCAGUCUCGUUCCAAGCCUCUAGAAUCGGUAACCACUUUAGACUUAGUGAAUUCCACCAGGAUGGAAAGGUUUGGAUCAAUAUUCCAGAAGGAAACCAAGGUUUGGGCGUAACCUCCUUUACCUCCUACUUUAAGGUGGCUUUUGACUCUCUUAGAUUAUCUCUUCCCCCACCUCCUCCUUUUUUGGACAAAGCAGUUGUGUGUUUUAACUCCUCCCCCACCUCGUCAGUGCAUUUUGAGCUCUCAAUCUCUUCUUACCUGCUCAGUUUAGAUAUCCCAGGUGAUCAUAGUCACACACCUAUUGACAUUCCUCCUAAGACUCAUUUUUCCCCAAUAAAGGAACCACAACAACCAGUUUCUGCAACCCCAAUUCCCCCUUUUCAUAUCCCCCAUAGCCCUCUCUCUCCAGCAGCUCAACCUUUUCUUCUAGGUGCAAAGGAUUGCUCACAACCGAAGGAGGUCCAACCCCACUUCUUGGGGUGCUCCAAUUCUGAUAAUGAUGAUUUGGAUAGAUCACAGUGGAACGUGAGCUACAACUCAGGAUCAGAGAAGCAGACAAAGCUUUCUUUUAAGCCUUUUCUAGAAGAAUCAGAAGAAGAGUGGGUUACAGAUAGAGGGUCGGAAGAUGAACCAGACUGGCAUGCUAGGAAAGAAACGAGUAAAAGGAGAAAUCAGAGGAAGUUUGAGCAGCUAUGCUUACAGUUUAAAGACUCCCCCACGCCAAGGAGGAGCAAGAGGUUAACAGACCUGAAAACUAGAUUAAUUCAGGAGAAAGGUUUGCUUUAAAGUCCCUAAUUUCGUCUCUGUUUUGCUUAUUCAAUUAACUUUAUGAAAGGCUGGUUUCAAGGUCUGCUUUUGUGCCAAGGCUCGUUAUGUUUUAGCUCUCCAUAAAUUAAUUUUUAAUAGUUUGGAAUAGCCAAGAGUUCCUCUAUUACCUUUCAUCAAUCUUUCCAUCUUGGACUACUUCCCAAAAGAUACAGAAAGGGAAACAAGACAUUUUGGAGAAUAGUUGUUGAUUUACAAGCAGUUUGUCUUGGUGAAUAGCUGUUGAUUUACAAGCAGCUUGUCUUGAUACGUGUUGGUUUGUUGUAGAUGUAUUUAUUACAUCACAUGCUGUUUGAGGGCCAUUAUACAGCAACCAACAUGCUGCAAUAGACCCCCCCCUUUUUGGCCUACUUUGUUUUGGCGCCUUUCAUUUGCAUUUUAGUAUUCUUGUAAGGUGUUAUGUUUAGACUUGUUUCUAUCGUUUUGGGCUUUGGGCAGUACACAUUCUGCCUUGUAUUUUGUUUUUCCUUUUUCUUGUAAUAAAUUAUCGGGGGGAGAAGAAUCCAUUUAUGGCUAUUUCGUCCUUCGUUGAGAGAGCUCGGUGUUUAAACAAGGCUAACGGGUUUGGGGAGUUUGGGGAAGCUUUAGGACUUUCAGGGGAUAGAGUUAUUGAGGCUGCUGUCUUGGGAGAGACAGAGUAUGGUCCAGUGCACUCUAGUGAACAGAUUCCCACACUUGCUUCUAAAGCCACUCUGGCCUUAGAGCAAAAAUUUAAGGAUCUAAACAGAAACGUGGCAAGGGAUCCAUUUUAUGACUCCCAAUCCAAAAAGGAUCUAUCGCAGGAGGAUCUACAACAUGGAAAUAAUACUGAUCAGACUUAUUGCUUGGAUCUGGAUUUGCAUAAGCUAAAGGCGAACAUUGCUCAGGCAGAGGCUUCUUCAACAUACAACUCUCAAUACCCCGAGCUUCCGAGAGUGUGCAUAUCCCCAUUUUCCGCGGAGUUCAUUCCCCUUAAGCCCAACUCUUAUGCAGCUCUAUUUGAUCAAGUAAAUGACCAAGAAGAUGGCAGACCACUCUCGGAAGAUGAAUUUGUCAAGAUUGAUGAUGGGAACAUGGUUCUUUGUAACAACGCACUAGAAGACAUAUGGGAAGAAAAAGAGGGGCUUAUUCUAUUUACGCAUUCAGAAGGUGAAGACAAGGUCUUCAAUGACAACAUUCUCAAACCUCUUCAAAUAGAUUACUCUAGGAUGUUCAAAACACCUUUCGAUUUGGGGAGAGAAUUCAAGGGUAGGAAUAUCUAUUCUCCUUCUCAAAUAGUAACUCGCAGUAACGCAAAGAUUUUGGAAGAAGGAAGAAAGAAAACACCUAUUGGAUGGGAGGAAAGGUCAAAUGGUUCAGAGUCUAAUUUUGCAGAAGACAUUAGAAAUUUUUUCAAGGAAUGCUGUCCAAACAAACCAAAAAAAGCAACCAAAAAUCAGUCCUCAAAUAAGCCUUUAACCAAGAGCCAAAAGAAAAGGUCUAAAAAGAAACUUAAGAAGAAAAUGGUAGGAGGGCAGGAAAGGGAUGAUUCUGAUUGAUCUCGAAUGGUUUCUUUUGUGACAUAUUAGUUUAGUCUCUGUUAUGGUGUGAUCUUUAGCCUAUGGGUUUGUUUUUGCUCCAUGGUUGCUUGUUUGCUGGUGGAGUGCAGUAGGGU